AUGGAGUUGGCAGAAAAAGAUCUGGCAAAACGAUCAACGCAGGUCCUGACUGUCAUGGUGUUCCAAAGCGCUAAGGUGGAUGCUCAAUAUGGGUAUGGUGGAUAUGGAGGGUAUGGUGGAUACGGAGGGUAUGGAGGUUUCCCUUAUGGUGGAUAUGGUGGAUAUGGUGGAUAUGGAGGAUAUGGUGGAUAUGGUGGAUAUGGAGCGGUGAAGAGGCGCUCCUCCACUCCAGCUCUAAAAGGAGCUAGCUCCCGCUCCUCAUGUUGUCUCACAAGCAGGUGCCUUCUCCGAUCUCGAAUGUCCCUGGCGCUCCACCUGGAGCGCGCGCUCCUCUGGAAACAGGUAGCACUUAACAGCUUUGAUCUGAAGAGUUUUGACAUGAGUCAAUUAACCUCCUGGAUGAAUCAAAGUGUGGAUCCGUGCACAGAUUUUUACGAAUUCGCCUGCGGAGGUUACAUCCAGAAAACUUCAAUUCCAAGCGGUCAUAAUAAAUGGAAUCCAUUUAAUGCAAUUUCAGAAUCGAUACUUUUAACUAUAAAAGAUAUAUUAGAAAAUCCUCAUACAAAAUACGAAGGAAGGGCCGAGAGACUGGCCAAAACAUAUUAUGAUUCUUGUAUGGAUAAGAGAAAUAUUAGAGAAAAAUUGGGAGGAAAGCCGUUAACCGAUCUAUUAGACCUAUAUGGAGGUUGGGAUGUGUUGAACGCGGAUAACAAGCCUUCCCCUUUCAUAGAUGAAUCUUCCAACUUAAAGAAAAACCCCAAAAACUCUUCCAAAUACAUACUCUGUAUCUAUCCAGGGGAACUCACCCUCCAAUAUGAUGAUGAUUACUAUGGCAAUAGCACUAUGAACCUUAAACGUUACGAUGCUAAUUUAAAUUACAUGAUGAACAUUGGAAAUUUGCUGGUAUCGAGUACUGUGGUGCCUAAAUACUCUAAGCCAAAGGAUAUUAAUCGAACUCGUCACACUUUGGGCAAACCACAUAGUCAGACCAAGAUAAAUAAUCAACUUAAAAUCAUAAUGUCGGACGUGCUAGAAUUUGAAGGGCUCUUAUCUAGCAUUACUCCAUCUACGCUAGUUUUGGAAACUAUUGACGAGUCCAAUUACAUCCUAAUGUCCUUAAAAGAGUUGGAUAAAAAUUAUGAUUUCAUGAAUUGGACGAGACAUAUAAAUCAAAUUUUCGAAGAUUAUAACAUAUCCAUGCCAGCCGAUCAAGUAUUUUGGGUCAGAUCCGUCUCUUACAUGGAGAAGAUGAAUAGAAUUAUCAACCGUAGCUUAAAUGAAUUGACGAUAUCUAGAGUUUUGCACGAUUAUAUAAUGUGGCACACUGUAAAACCCCUCACAUCCUAUUUGUCCAAAAAGUUCAGGGAUGCUCGUGACCCAGUUCGAAAGGCGGAUAAUAUAAAAAAUUAUGAAAACAUGCCAGCUUGGAAGAGAUGUUUAAAGAAAUUUCCCACUUUUAUGGAAUUCCCACUAAGUUCCCUCUACCUGAAAUCUAAUUUUAAUUCCUCAGAUAAAAUAAAGGUGAAAGGAAUGAUUGAUUCGAUGAAAGUGGCUUAUAAAGAAACUUUUCAGAAUCUUGAUUGGAUGGAUGAAACUACGAAGAGUAGAUCUAUGGAAAAAGUAGAUGCGAUGGAAGCUAAAAUUGGUUAUCCGGAAUACAUUAAAAAACCUAAUGAACUGGACAAGAAUUACGAAGAACUAUAUAUGCAGGAUGACACUUAUUUUAAAAAUCACAUCAGUCAAGGAAGUAUGAGUGGCUUACGAGAAAUCAAAAAACUUUUCGCGCCAGUUGAUAAGAAACAAUGGAUAGAGUCACCUCACACCUCUAACGCUUUUUACUCUUCUGCCACAAAUGAAAUAAUUUUUCCUGCUGGAAUUUUGCGAAAACCGUUCUACGAUAAAACUUAUCCAGACUCUUAUCAAUUUGGAGCUAUAGGUAGCGUUAUAACCCACGAAAUAGGGCACGGCUUUGAUGAUGAAGGCAGGAAAUAUGAUAAAAAUGGUAAUUGGCAUUUUUGGUGGACAAAUAAAUCGAUAGAAGCCUUCGUAAAUAAAACAGUUUGUUUCCUAGACCAAUAUUCCAAUUAUUCUAUCAAUGGCCAUAAGUUGGACGGCAAACAAACAUUAGCAGAAAAUAUGGCGGAUAAUGGAGGAGUUGCUAUAUCUUUGAAAGCAUUGAAGAGUUAUCAGGCCAGGAAAAGGAGGGAUGAAUACGCUUUCAAAUUCGAUACAAUCGAAGAUCGACUAUUUUUCCUUGCUUAUGCUCAAAGUUGUUGUUCUAAGGAUACGCCCGAAGCUCUAUAUGAAACA